UGUUUUCCCGUAUCCGCCAUUUCAGUUUUUGAAGUUAGUUGUCAUCGGUCGUUGGAUUGUAGCUGGAAAUCUGCCGCUUUAACGCACUACAGGAUUAUUGGAUCUUAAUUCCGGUCCCAAAGCGGAUCAGAGUCCUUUUACAUUCACGGUUCCGGUUGUGUUUCGGCGGAUUGAUGUCGUAAGGGCUCGCUGCGGAGGUCGCCUGUUUACUAAACGUGCUCCAGGCGCUAAAGUUUUUGUAUGAGUUGAAGGCUUCGCCUGUGGAGAACAGGAGGGAGAGAAGGGAAGGCCCCGGUGAAGCCUCGGCUUUGAGUGGUUACCAUGGCCGGAAAUUUUGACGCGGAGGACCGCGGCAGCUGGUACUGGGGUCGUUUGACCAGGCAGGAGGCUGUGUCUCUGCUGCAGGGGCAGAGGCACGGCGUGUUCCUGGUCCGGGACUCCAUCACCAGCCCCGGAGACUACGUGCUCUCCGUAUCAGAGAACUCCAAAGUCUCGCAUUACAUAAUAAACAGCAUCAGCAACAACCGACAAUCCGGUCCAGGUUUGGCCCACCCGAGGUUCCGAAUCGGUGACCAGGAGUUUGAAGCGCUCCCUGCUUUGCUAGAAUUCUACAAAAUCCACUACUUGGACACCACUACCUUAAUAGAGCCCAUCAACAAGUCCAAACACACCUCCUUUAUUAGCGUGGGCCCCGGGGGAGGCCCCCCGCCGCGCCUGGAAGACGAGUAUGUCCGAGCACUUUUUGAUUUCCCGGGAAACGACGAGGAGGAUCUCCCGUUUAGGAAGGGCGACAUUCUCCGAGUUCUGGAGAAGCCGGAGGAGCAGUGGUGGAACGCCCAGAACUCUGAGGGCCGGGCGGGGAUGAUCCCGGUGCCGUAUGUGGAGAAGUACCGGCCGUCGUCUCCGAAUUCGGCGGCGGGGCCCGGCGUACCGGGGGGUGCGCCUGGAGGAAUGGUGAUGGUAGGGAACUCUGACGGCUCCGCAGCCCCGUCUGGCCCUCCUCUGCUGGGAGACCCGAGCCAAUACGCCCAGCCCACCCCCCUCCCAAACCUCCAGAAUGGACCUGUCUUUGCCAGGGCCAUACAGAAGAGGGUGCCCAACGCCUACGACAAGACUGCCCUGGCCCUGGAGGUGGGCGACAUGGUGAAGGUGACCAAAAUAAACGUGAACGGCCAGUGGGAGGGUGAAUGUAAAGGCAAACGCGGCCACUUUCCCUUCACACACGUCAAACUGCUGGACCAGCACAAUGCAGAGGAAGAGCUAAGCUGAGGACGGACAGCCGGGCCGCAACCUGGACACUAGUAUUAGACCCUUCCUCACUUCCCUCUCCCCCUUCCACACACUCAACUCUUCCCCCCCCUUCCUCUCACGUCUGCUCCAGUUAUCACCUGCACCAAGUACAGUUUCAUAGAGUCACUUCAGAACAAAACAAAACGAGACUUUGGUUGGACCCUUGUAUCACACACACACACAGCCUCCAUUUCUACCCCCCCCCCCCCCCCAAUUGUAUUAUCACCCCAACCUUCUCCUCCACCUGUGCUGACUGACAGACGAUAACCUGGAUGAUAUACUUUAAAGUGGAGCUGUAAACUCGACCUCCUGUUCCAUGGAUGUGGCAACACCCUUUAGCUCCUCCCUCUCUUCACAUCCCGGCCGUGGACACGUUAUCAACACUCGCUCCUCUGGGAGACUCCUCGCCGCACGACUUCAACCACUUCCUCUUUCUGUGUGGGAGCCAGUAGAUAACGGCUCAGCAGCGCCGUGUCAUUUUUCAAACCCCGCCCCCUCAUUUGUCACCAUGUGUAGAGCGCUGUAGGAUCACUUACUGUAUUCAUGUCAAAUGGUAGCACAGGAAUGAGUUUAAGAACUAUACGACCGUUUGAAGUAUCCUGUUUUAAAGAAGGAACAUUUUGUUAAGACCUUGACACCAGAACCAAACAUGGCCCCUUAUUCAGUGGAAUAAGUCUUGCACACCUGGUGCGUACACAAAAAGAUUCAACAUUAGUUUCCUGCAUGAUAUGCCCAUGACUUCCUCUCAGUGUCCUUGCUCAGUCCGUAAACUUUCUGCUAACAUCACAGAUUUUAAAGUAAACCUUUUUGUUCAACAAAAGUGUUACACAUAAAAAAAACGUCCAUGGAUGACAUAUUCAUAGUAGACUCUGUCACAGUGGAACGUUUUUUGCAGCGUGUAAAGGUCUGGGGGAGGGUUUGGGUUACAGCUGUCAAAAUACCAAAAAUUUGAGUUUCAAUACGACACUAACAUCAAACGAUAUCGAUACCUGUUUCGUUACCACAGCAACAAAAAAUGACCUCCCAACCUGCACAUUAGAAAGAGUCACUGAACUGAUGAGAUUUGACAAACUCUUUACAGUAAUGAAAGACACAAUAAAUAAGAUUUUUCCCAAAAUAAAAUAUUUCCUCUGGGUAUUUCCUCUAAUUUAUAAUCCAGAGGAAAUGUGUGCAGUGAUUCUCCUCUCUGUAUUUUCUCAUUUAGGACGUUUUAUGGACGUCAUGUUUUUGUAGUUAUAUGAUGCUCACAGUUGAAAGUCAGCCGCUCGGGUGACAUCGCUGUCUCUGACACUAAUGUAACGCGUGCAUCUUAUGAGGUGCUAAAAGGAUUUAAGUGAACGUCGGUGAAUAACAGUUAGAGAUGUAGUGACUCUGACAGAGGGGGGAGCAGAGGGGCCGACGCAGUGUUCAGAUAGGAGCGAGACUUCAACAGCAAUCUGAAAAAAUCCUGCACGUUUGUGUGGAGGUGGCGACGUGUUUCUAAGUUCUUUAGAGCGUCAACUGAGGGAAACAAUCUCUUUGUUUGUAACUACUGGCACUAUCUCUCUACUUGAUUGACCACCACUGCGCUGUUUCUCUCUCACUCUCGGCUUGCAGCAGCUUUGGGUUGAAAAUAUUACUAUCUGUUUUUUCUCUCAUUACUUUUUACACUACAUAUUACUUCGGUUUUUUAUUUCAGUGCUAUCUAAUGUAAAAAAAUAAAGGAUAUUGUAUUGUUUUAAGAACGUGGUCUCGAAAAAGAAGUGAAUAUCAACAGUUUUGACAACCUUAGUCAGGGUAAAUACUUUAUGUUCAAAAGGAGAAUUAUACGCUCCAUACCUGGGUUGGCCACUGGGCAAAAUUGAAUGCAAGGGCUGAGCGAUUAGGAGGUGUCCAGGUCUUAAUAAUACAUCCGUAGUUUUAUACUAUUAAGGUGCCAAUUUCAUUUAAUUUUUCACACUUUUGUUGAAGAAAUAGUUUGACAUUAUACAGAAAGAUGCUCCCUCCUUUUCUCGUUACAUAGGAACGUCUCUUUGUUUCAUAAAUAUACAGAAUUUUAGAUAUACUGGUAUUUAAAUCUCAGUCAGUUCAGUAAUGAGGAAAUGUAAUUGGUCUACAGUCCUUGUCCCAGUAUAUAAGCACCAAGGGAGGAUCCAUUUGUUGAUGGAAGUAUCUCUGACUCCUCUACAGCAGGUGGUGAUAUGCCCCCUUUCAGGUAGACCAAACCGUCAUGUUAGCAAGCGGCAAACUGGUGGUGAUAUGUUGAACAGUAAAAACAUGGACAACUUUACAGCUCUGUACUUUUAAUACGAUACAUCAUGUCUUGUGUCUCCUCAUCUGUCCAUGAAUGCGUGGUUCUGGCUAGCGCUUGUUAUGUUGAUACCUUUGUCUUGUUUUUUUCUUCAAUGUCAGCCAAUCAGACCUUAGAGUUAUUCACCUGCCAUGUCAGCCUUUAAUUUGUAUUCUUCUGUCAUCUGUCUAAACGGGUUCCUUCUUGAUGGAGCUGCCUUGUUUAAAGAAGACAUGGGAGGUCUUAACUGAUGUAUAAUGCUGAACUGUUUUUAGGAGUUUUCAACAUCAGAAAUGUGAAUCCCCACAACUGGACCUAACAGUAUUCUCUGUUUACUGUCUGCCUGUGAUGAGUUUAAGUUGUUUUCUUGUUUAAAUAUGUGCAUAUAGUAGAAGUCUAACCGGACACGAUGCAGCAUUAUUUUAGACUUAACAUGACUGUAGCCAUUUUCACACAUGCACUCCUGAAAAUUUCCUGUAAAAAUUUCAGGCAGACUGCUCCUGAACUCUUCCUGAGUUUGGUUGUUCAAACAUGCACCUCACAGCGGGAAACAAUCACUGUCAGACGGAAGGAUGGGGGAGGCAAGGCCUGACAUAAAGAGAACGAUGAGGGAAGUGGCAGACAGAGCAACAAAGUCAAACACAAAAUUUGGCCUUUAUAUCAGUGCAACAUGCAGUUUCAUUUCAGCAAGAGGGUCAAUGGUCGUGCGCCAUUCACCAGAUAUAGGAGUCACCCACUCAUGGUGACAUCUCCAGAAUAUUGUUCUGCUGCGUUCUCACGUCAGCUAACCCUAACCUCACACAGAAAAUAAACCAGAGAGUCUGGCAGGGAAAAGUCUGGGUACAGUCGGAGUAAAAACUGAUUGUGUGUGUUCACACCUGCAGCUCACCCUGAAUAUUUCAGGAAGUUUUCAGGCGUUUUGUGCAAGUGUGAAGGCUACAUGUCAAGAGACGAGAGCAGAAGUGCUCAAAUACAGCUCGCCGGUUUUCAUCACGGGGAAGGCCGCAAAGCAAAAGGAAGACAACAGGAGGUGUACAGAAACUAAAGGAAACAGACAAGCACCCUAGCACCCGAGUCAAGUCCAGCAGCUAGCAGCACCUUCAUGUAGUUCUAUAGAGCGUAGAAGAGCAGACGUUAACCUGAGAAACUUCAAGACUAUUAUUGAGGUAAAGAUAAAGGCAACACUACAUUCAACCUCUCACCUCCCAUCCCGGCUCACUUCAGCCCGAUUCACUCAACUACUAUGACCAAGUUACCCCCCCCCCCCCCCCCCCGAGUAGUCUUUUGUAAGAAAAGAAAAAAAGAACAUAUUGUUAUGAAAUGAUGUACUGUGUGAUUAUCAUUACAUGCUAAAAUAUUGUUUUUUUUUCUUCUUUGUUAUACUUGUCGUUUUCUUCAUGGCAGAUAUUUUUUUCCCCACAUACAGGAUUUUAAUGAACACUUCUUUUUUCUGCUGCAUGUCAGGAGGCAGCAAUGGGUCUUUGGUGCAAAAGAGACCACCCUCUCUUGGGGGGGGGGGGGGGCUCACCUGUUUGCCCUCAGCCCCCAUAGCGCCACAUGUGUGCUCAUUCUGCCUCUGGAUGAAGUGAGUGAAUGGAGUCUGUCCAUCAUGUUAGUUUGUUAGCGCUCUGCUUUCCAUUCACUGAAUAUAGCAACAUCAGACCGUCGAGUGAAAGACCGUCCUGUGUCCACGUUUUGUCAAUUGUGUCCAAGAAAGAAGAAAAUGGUAUUAUUUUGGUACCUGCCCUUUUGUUUUUAACCCUUUUUUUAUAAUCAUGUUGCUACCUUGCACCCUUUUGUAUUCCUCUUUUGUGCUUCCCUUUCUUUUAUUUAAAGCCUACUAGUUCAUUUUAAUGCACAAGCCUAUGUUUUUUACUGCUUGAUUUCUACCUUCUGCCAUGUUUGUAUUGCCAAUCAAUCAGGCUAAUGAAAAAACAAAACAAAUCAUGUCAUUAGUCCAGAUUGCACCCCCCCCCCCCCCCCCCCCCCCCCUCCCCCUAAAGAGGUGGAUCAAUCUUUUAGUUGACACCUGACAAUCAUCCCCCUCUUGUAUGGGAUAGCAGACUGGUUUGCAUUGCAGCAGGCCGGGUGUGAAGUUUUAAAAACCUUUGCUGAACACGUGCUGAGAUCUCCUCAGCUGCACCAUGUCACCUUAAGGUGGCACUGUGGCAGCAUUCAGAGGCUUAGAAGCAUAUUCUGAGAGUUUAUGGGAUACAAUUGGAUUUUUAACAGAAUGCACGUACUGCUUUCAGACUAAGUUUGCAUUGAUCUGUGCUCCUUUUUACUGCUCCUUUAUCGCCCCCACACAGAAGCUUCUGUGACCGUAUCGCCUUGCCUGACUCUAUCCAAACCCCGUGUAAGAUUUUAAAUAUCUGGUUGACUUCUUACAAAGUAACAUCCUCGUUUACUUGCAUCUUUUUUUACAAUGGUCAUCUGUGUGGUGAAGAUGAAAUCAAACCACUUUGUCACUCACGUGUAUACAUGGCAGGUGCUCACCGAUACAUAAAUCAUUCUCUUAUAAAUUGUGUUUUCCAAUUAAAUCACCAAGAAGUAUUUUUUUAAGUAGCCCUGCAUGAAGUCAUUAAUUUCCUUUCAUGCAAAGGAAAAAUGCCCGUGGGGAUUGUGUUAAUAACAAAAUGUGCCAUUUUAUUAUAACACUAUAUUCUUUCAAGACAAUUGACAAAUUACCUUUUUAUUUUCUGUAGCAUGUAAUGUGUUAUUAUACUAGUAAAUAAAGUCAAACCCAUGAAAUGA